ACUCACCUGGGCGCUUCGGUGUGAGCGCGCACGGCUCGCGAGUCCUCCGCCCGCCAGUCCGCCUGCCCGUGACCCAUGUCCCGCCGCAAGGCCGGCUGCAUGCCUCGCCGAAGAGAGCCCGCUCCCGCCGCCAACUCAGACGACGAGAUGGAGAUGCCGGACCUCUUCAUCGAUGUGAAGCUCGAGCCGGACCCGCGGCCCCUACAGGCCCGGCGGCUAGGGCCCUUCAACCCGAAGGAAAUGCCCGCGCCGGGGCGGUUCGAGGGCGAACCCCGCCACUCCCCCGGCCCCGUGCCCGCUGGCGGCCUCUUCCACGCCCUGGGCCUGCGCAACCAGUGGGCGCCGUGGACGCCGCUGACCCCGCACCUUCCCGACCGCCAGCCGUGGACCGACAAACACCCAGAUCUGUUGACCUGCGGCCGCUGCCUGCAGACUUUCCCGUUGGAGGCCAUCACUGCUUUCAUGGACCACAAGAAGCUGGGCUGUCAGCUCUUCAGAGGCCCCAGCCCCUGCCAGAGAUCAGAACGCGAGGACCUGAAGGCCUUGAGCUGCCUCCGCUGCGGCCGACAGUUCACGGGAGCCUGGAAACUGCUGCGCCACGCCCAGUGGGACCACGGACUGUCCAUCUACCAGACGGAACCCGAGGCCCCAGAGGCCCCGCUGCUGGGCCUGGCCGAGGUGGCUGCUGCCGUGUCGGCGGUGGCGGGGCCAGAAGCCGAGGCCAGGGGCCCCCGGCUGGGUCCCACCCGGCGGAGCCCCACCUGCCCCGUGUGCAAGAAGACCCUCAGCUCCUUCAGCAACCUGAAGGUGCACAUGCGCUCGCACACUGGCGAGCGGCCCUACGCCUGUGACCAGUGUCCCUAUGCCUGCGCCCAGAGCAGCAAGCUCAACCGCCACAAGAAGACCCAUCGGCAGCAGCUACGGCCCCAGAGCCCCUGCGUGGCCGAUGCCAGUCGGGAGCAGGCGUCCGCCGCCCCUCCGGAGCCGGCCGCCCAUGCCGCCGCCCCGGCCAGCCUCCUCCAGUGCAGCGGCGGAGAGGGGGCCGGAGCAGCCGCCACGGCGGGGGUCCAGGAACCUGGGGCUCCUGGCGGUGGGGCCCAGGUGGGCCCCGGCGUGGACGGCUGGGGAGCUGACACCAAGGAGCAGAGAACUGACCCCGAGAAGAACCAGAAGACGUCACCCAAGAAGACGCUGAAGCCAGCGGGCAAGAGCCGGGGUCCCGGGCCCGGGGGCAGCUGCGAGUUCUGCGGGAAGCAUUUCACCAACAGCAGCAACCUGACAGUGCACCGGCGCUCGCACACGGGCGAGCGGCCCUAUGCCUGCGAGCUCUGCUCCUACGCCUGCGCCCAGAGCAGCAAACUCAACCGCCACCGCCGCAUGCACGGCCUGGGGCCUGGCGGGCCCCGCUUCAAGUGCCCCCACUGCUGCGUGCCCUUCGGCCUGCGGGCCACCCUGGACAAGCACCUGCGGCAGAAGCACCCCGACGUGGUUGGGGACGCCUGAGCCGCGGGAAUGCCCCCUGCGGUCCCCCGCACCGCCGUGAACCGCUUCUGUGACCUCCCUGUCCUUCCCCUGCAAGUAAAUCCUCCCUCCCCACAGUUACACACGCGUUUGGACUCUGGCUUUCUUGGGGUGUCUGAGGUGGGGCGGGAGGCUUCACUCUUUGGGGUGGACAGCUGGACAGACCGGUUUGGAACGAGGGGGUGAGGGGAAAGGCCAGCACCCAGUGCCUGGGGCACAGCAGGACUGGCACCGAAAGCUGUGCUCCCGGUUCCCGACGUGGGUGUGGGCGAGGCCAGGGCAGGGGCCGAGGCAAGAGCUGGGAGAGGCCUGGACCUGUCACCACAGGCCCCUGGGCAAAGUCCUGGCCCAUCGUUCCCACCGCGUCGCACCCCUGCCCUCACUGAGAGUGGCAGGAGUUCUGAUUACCAAGGAGCCUCCGGUCCAAUGCCCAGACCUCCACCUGGGCCACAGCUGAACCCACCAAGCUCCUUCCUCAGCUGGCCUUGGCUGGUGGGCACUGGAGUUUGGGAGCCCUGCACCAACCGCACGGACGACACGGAGGCCAGGUGAAGAGAAUUAAAUAAUGUGUGAUUUUAUUCCAUUAGAGAUAAAACCAGCAGCAUCACAGCUUGAGCCCUCACCCCACCCCCUCAUCCCUCUGCCCCUCCACGCUUCUGCCUAAUGUCGGUAAUGGGGGCUUCGGGAUCUGGACCUUGAGCGCCUGGAGAGAGGGGAGAGAGAGGCCCCAUGAGGGCUGGGCAGGAAGCAGGGAGCCCUGCUGUGUAGGCACGUGCACACAUACACCGACAUGCUCGGGACCACUGGGGCUUCAGCGAUGGGGAAUUCAGCUGCACAGAGGGAUGUUCCCGAGGGGUGAGGCCAGGCCCUAUGACUGGAGGGGACUGGAGGGGGCUGCGUCGGGACGGAGCAAUCAGGGCUGGGACCUCGUGCCAAAGGGCAACUGUGAUUUCCCAGGGAGCUGGGCCAGCCUGCUUAUUACCUUCGGGAAGAGCUGUAUUCUCGACCUGGAAAGAAAGGAUGGGUGAAAACAAAGUAAGUGCCCAGGACCAGGAGUGGGCUCCAGGGCUGGGCUUCCAGUGUCUCCAGCUAAGGCAGCGCCGGCGCUUCCAGCGUGUCCACUGCUGGACGCUACCUGUGCCCCUUGGCCCACACCCACGCGCUAAGAAUGAGCUUUUCUUCCAAUUCCUGUAAGUCCCUUGUGACUGAAGCAAUCACCGUGUGUUGUGUGUGUGACUUAAAAGUUUUAAUUUGUAGAAGGCUGAUGUGGAAAAAAUGUACCAUGGUUUUUUUGUUUUUGUUUUUUGUGGGUUUUUUUU